AUGGGCGGCCUCGUCCUCGCCCUCGCGCUCCAGCAACGCUGCUCCCAACACACCAUCACGAUCUACGAAUCCACCGCGGCGCUCUCGACCGUCGGGGCUGGGAUCGGGAUGGUCGCGCGCGUGUGGGACGUGCUGCGCGCGCUCGGGCUCGAGGACGAGUUGCUCGCCGUGACCGGUGCGGGGAACUCUGCGAGUGCGGAAAUAUUUUACUCCGCCGCGGCCAAAUCGCUGACGAUCAUCGCGCGUCGCAGUGUGCGGACGUUCCACCGCGGGGACGUGCAGAAGGUCAUCGUCAACCACCUCAAUGACAUCGACUCCGUCAUCCAAUACUCCAAGAGGCUAGUUUCGUACGACGAGCCGGCGUCGCUCGGCGAGCCGAUCACUCUGCACUUCAGGGACGGGACGACGGCGGCUUGCGACCUCCUCGUCGGCAGCGACGGGAUCCGCUCGGCCGUGCGCCGCGCGAUGUACGAGCGGCUCGCGGGCGAGGCGGAGAAGACGAGCCUCGAUCGCGCGCAAGAGCUUCGCAAAGUCGCGGAACCCGUCUGGUCGGGGCUCGUGGCUUAUCGUGGCUUGAUCCCGGCGGAGAGGGUUCCAGCGGAGGACGUGGAAGACGUCAGCAAGAUGACGAUUCGUCUCGGGAAGAAUAAGAUUGUUGUCAGCUACCCCGUCAUGGGCGGGAAGAUGUUCAAUCUCGCUGCGUUCGUUGGCACUUCGGAUGACGCAGGCACCCUGUAUGAUGGCGAAUGGUCUCGGCCCGCCACUGUCGAAGAGGCGUACGCGAAUUUCGAGAAGUGGGACCCGCUUAUCCUGAGGAUCAUGAAGGGUCUGAACUCGCCGAUCCUCUGGGCCAUCCAUAAAACACGGGAGCUCCCGACGUAUGCUCACGGAAGAGUCGCGAUCGUCGGAGACGCGGCCCAUGCCAUGAUGCCCUUCCAAGCCGCGGGCGCAGGCCAAGCGAUCGAGGACGGCUUCGUGUUGUCCGAAGUCCUCGCCCACCCUUCCGUCACCGCGCGCACACUCCCCGCCGCGCUCGCGGCGUACGACACGGUUCGGCGCCCGUUCGCGCACGCCGUCCAGCGCGCGUCCGACGAGACCACGGAGACGUACCAGCUCCGACGCGCGGGCUGGGAGGGCGUGACGGUCGAGGAGAGCGCGGCGGGCGGGUUCGCGGCGGGGCGCCUUGCGGCCGUCGCGGAGAAGAUAUAUGGGAUGAGUGAUUGGGCGCUGAGGAGCGGGAUCAUGGAUGAUUCGCGCGACGUUCGGGAACUUCUCCGUGUUCUCCAAGAAGUCAACGCCCACUAA